GGCCGCUGCGCACGUCGCAUGUGAAAACUUACAGAAAUGAGACGUGUUUAGUAGGUUUUGCCUCUAUUAUUCUAAAUCUUUCAGCUCAUGUGAUACGAACUGCGAAGCUCGCGUGAGCCUCACCAGAGCUUGACGCAAGCUGAAAGUCACAACCUUGGAUCUGUCUCACAAUCACCCAGUAAACCGCUUUCUUUUUGAGCGACACCCCAUCAAUUGCCGUCUGACGGACGAUGCGUUCAGUCAGUCCGUGGACCUUUUCCGCUACAACACACCAACAAGCGACAUCAAGCAGUUCGUCGGGGUUCGAUUUGGAAAGCAUAGUACUGGCGAUGAUGUCCGCAAUGUUCGUCGUAAAUUGCAUCCUGGCAUUGAGUUUACGCUUAUUUUGAUGGUUUUUGCUGCCUGUAGUAAAACUGCAUCAAGUUAUCAAGUCUAUGGAGGAAGACGGAGUUGCGCGAAUUAUUUCAGAGGAAGGCCUGUGCACACGUGUAUUAUUCACUCGGCACCAACAAAUAGAAGAGUUCCACAGAUCCUCGCGUGUCGUUUGUGUAGACGCUGCGCAUGGUACUAACCGUUUGAACUUCAAACUACACCAGUUUUUAAUAACUGACGGGAUGGGUUACGGCCGGCUAAUAUUUUAUGCGUUUCUGCGUCGGAAAGGUUACGCAUCUUUGAUUACGUUGUUCGAAGCUUUUCUGGAUAAUAUGCAUCAUGAUGUUCUCGUCAGCACAAUAAUGAUGGACAAAAUGGCUGCCCAAAUACGUGCGGCCCGCGCGGUUUUCAAUGUGACAUUUUGUUGUGCUAUUGCCACAUCCGUCAGGCCAUCAGGAAGCAUACAAACAUUAGCCGGUCUCGUUGUCUGUUUCAUCGCAUGGCAACCUCGGACACGGAGACUGCAUAUAAUCUCUUUCUAUUAGUAAUAUUCUUUUUUAGAGUUCAACAAGAUUUAUAGCUCCUUCAAAGAACGAACCCCCGGUUUGGGAGCUACCUUACGUAUUAUUG